AUGGGUUUUUUCUCUGAUCCCGCGAGUGCCAGUGUGGAGGUAUCUAUGGAAUUGUUAUCAGUGGAAGCGGACCCUGACUCUCCUGGGACUCCCACCAGUAAGAAGAGCCAACGGCCUCGUCGCACCAAGUCGAUGGACCAGUCGGCUCUGGAAAGUCCACGAAUGCCGGCCAAGAUCCGCAAUCUGCGUCACAGUAGCAUCAGUAACAAGAUGCCUUCGGUCUUUCGGGACAGUGCUAGCAUGGGCACUAGUAGUGGCCCGAACAGUCGAAGAGGUAGCAUGGCCGAUGGAUCCAUGAACUCUUCCAUUGGCGGGUCAUCCUCUAUGCAAGACCACCUAGAAGACAUUGAAGCCUUUUGCAACGUCAUGAAACAAACGCCAAGCAAAGAACGAAAUCGUAUGCUCAAAGAAUCCAUCAAUCACAAAGAACAACGAGGGCGAAAAAAGUCCAUGAGACGAACCAAGUCCAUGGAUUAA